AUGUCAUCGAAUAACCAAUCGGAGUCCCGAACCCUACGCUCCGGCAGAACAAUAAUAACAUCAGAAGCACAGACACAUGUAUUCAGCACAGAAGAAAAUGAUCAAGAAGCUUCAUCAGCUCACCACGACAAACUACAAGUACUAUUCGCGAAUCAUUCCACAACUCCGACGGUCAUGCAACAGUCCAUGGCGGCAGAUGCCGGACUUUUGCCUCCGGCAGCAGACGAAUAUCACUUGACGACGACCGAUCAUCAGCAUCCCUCGAACCUCUGUUCAUUCAAUAAUCACCGACAAUUUACGGACGAAGAAUCGACAACACUGGUCUCGCCUCAAAAUAAUACAGUGCAACAACCCACUAACAUUAUGCGUUCUUCAAUAGAACAACCAGACCCUGUAGCUGGACUUUCUCAGAUGGCCGAUAUUGUUCAGAUACAACGUAGGCAAGAACAGCAAUAUUUAAAACAUCUGACAAAUAUUGAACGAUUAAAUACAUCGAAUGUUGAUCAGUGGCAAUCAAAUAUAGAAUUCGUUUUUCGAUUAAACAACAUUCACCCCCGAGAUUGGGUGGCACACUCACUGAGCCGCGUCAACGACGCUGUCGCGCAGUGGUAUAAACGGAUCGAACAACCAAUUGGCAACGACCGGGAUACGUUCAUUCGGAAUGUGCGACAUGCAAUCCGCCCGCCGCCGUCUCUAUCACAAGAAUCAAUUCCCCUCAAUGCAUUACCGCUACUGGAUCCGCUCGAACCAUGGCCUUCAAUUGCUCCAAAGACAUCGACACGUCAAUGGCCUACAGACAUCAACAAGAACCUACUCGGUCUUGAUCAUUUAAUAGCCAAAAAAAGUUCAUAUUCACCACCCGACCGCUAUAUGGAACAACUACUGAUCAAAGAAAAAGUGAACAAUAUGCCGAGAUUUUCAGGCAACGCAAACGAUGAUGUCGACGAAUGGCUGAAAAAAAUUCACAGCACCUUUGCGUCGACAAAAGCAAACACACACCAAAAAUUCGAAUUGAUCAAUAAAUGUUUUUUAGGGGAAGCCGAAAACUGGUACAAAAACAGAAGUCAUAGAUAUGCCUCCUGGGCCGACUUUGAAUCGGCAUUUAGAGAACGAUUUACCCCAAUAAUGGCAGUAACUCAAAAGUUUGAGCGACUCACCAAUCGAAUACAAGCUAUCCACGAAAAUGUUCAGCAUUACGUCGACGACAUGGAAAACUUGAUGUAUGAAUACAAUCCGCGCAUGGCUGAAUCUGAGCGCUUAGUGUAUUUGAAAAACGGUUUGAAACAAUCACUGAAAAUAAAAGUUUUUGAAGGUGAGCCAAUAACGGUGCCAGACCUGAUUCGAAUUGUGAAAAAGGCCGAAGAAAUUCAACGGAUAACCGAUGACCAUCCUAAUGAGGAUGAUACGGCAACAACAGCAGGUAUUCAAAAACAUGUCUCAUUCACUCCAGAGGAAAGAAGAACAAGUCGAACGCCAUCCCCGAAUUGGCAAGCAUCACCAUAUCGUCACCCCCAUCACCCACAACGACGCGAUAAGGUGCAAACUUGUGUUCAUUGUGGAGGACGAGGACACCAGGUUGACGAAUGUUGGUCAGUAGUUGGUUAUCCGGCAUCAUCGAACGGGAAUCGCGCAGGCGUCGGUUAUCGCCGCAAUAAUACAAAUUUUCAAAAUGACUAUCAACAACAAAAUCGAUCAAUGAAUUCAUAUUUACGUGAACAAGAUUGGAACGAAGAUCAACAAUUAUAUCAUAGCUCUCCGCAACAACAUGCCACCGACAAUCACAACAACAGUCGACGACGCCUAACCACACCACGACAUGUUAAUCGGCCAGGCAGCCAGGAACAAAAAAACUAA